CUACCCCCUCCCGUUAACUUUUUCAUGUGUUUGCCAAUCAGUUUACAUCAUAUUUUGAAAAAUAAUAAUGGGUAGAAGAAUGUAAUUUCAAGGCCAGAACAUUUUUACACUCUAUUUCUGUAUGCAUUGAAGUUGGACUUUCUGUGAAGAUAUAUUGCCAACUCUACUUUUAAGUUAAAACGAAGCAAGUUGAGAUUUUUUAAAACAAUCUGAAUAAUGGAUAGCUUAAGUUGCAUGUUGCUGUUGCUUCUUUUGAAGAAUUACUCUGGUUGAAUUUUUUUUGUUCUUGCGGUUCAUGUAAAUAGCUGAUUAGUGUGAAAUGUUUCACAAAAUACAUGCAAUCAGUAAUUAUUUUUAAUUCAUGGUGAGUGUAGAAGCAGAAAUGGGUUAAUUACUGAGUGAAUGGCCAAAGCAUGACGCUUUCAUUUGAUAACCACCAUUGAUCAGCCUAGUUUUCUCCUGUGGUAGUUUGGCUGUUGAUAGCUGUGUUUACAUAUGAGACAGAGAGCAAGAGGAUGAAGACUUGAUUAUCCAGUGUGAGGCGUUUGAGGAAACCAUGGCUGAGGAUGAGGAGGAACUGCUUAGACUUUAUGGGGGUAUCGACAUGAGCAGCCACCAGGAGGUGUUCACUACUCUCUUCAACAAAGUGAGCAGCGCUCCAGCGUCCCUCCAGCUGCUGUCCAUCCUGCAGGCCCUGCUGCUGCUGGGUCCGGACCGGGCUGACGUGUGGCAGGCCCUGGAGGUCCUCACCAACAGAGCCAUCCUGCUGGCCCAGGACUCUCAGAUUGACUCUUCUGAGAAGAUUAUGGACCGGCUGGCCUUCUCCAAGGGUCGAUCCAGUGGUCAGCACGUUGUAGAUGGUCAGCAGACAAAGAGGGUGGACAAGGCAGUUCAGACAGAUGUGCUGGACUGUGGGCUGCUGAAAGAGGCAAAGGACCAAGACACUCGCGUUCAAUCUGACAGUCAAAAUAGCACAGCUGUGACAUCACCUCCACCUCCACCGCCACCGCCACCUCCACCACCACCUCCUCCCCUCCCUCCCCCCAGUAACAUGGCAGGGCUGCCCCCACCUGCUCCACCUCUCCCAGCCAUGGGAAAUGGAAUGCCUCCUCCACCCCCACCACCACCUCCGCCCUUACCUGGGAUGAUGCCACCACCUCCUCCACCCCCACUGCCCGGUGGUUCAGGAGUGCCUCCUCCUCCUCCUCCACCUCCUAUGCCAGGAAUGGGGAAUGCAGGUCUGCCACCACCUCCUCCCCUCCCUGGCAUGCCUGGGCUCCCACCUCCGCCCCCUCCACCCCCAGGCAUGGGCGACGUAGUGGUGGCCCAGAGCAGCCAGUCCCUCGGGUGCUCCUUCACUGCCCCAAAGUCGGCGGGACGCUUUCCCACGUUGCGAAUGAAGAAACUGAACUGGCAGAAGCUCCCCUCCAGAGUGGUGACGACCAGCCAGUCGAUGUGGACAUCCACGCAGGUGGACAGCCCCCUGACGCCUGACUACUCCAGCAUUGAGCAGCUGUUCUGCCUGCCUGUGGCUGAGCUCAAAGAGAAGGGGGCUACUCCUGCUGUCAAAAAGGAGCCCAAAGAGAUCUCUUUCAUUGAGGCCAAGAAAAACUUGAAUUUGAACAUAUUCUUGAAACAAUUCAAAUGUUCCAAUGAAGACUUUGUGGCCAUGGUUCAGAAUGGGGACCGCACCAAGUUUGACGUGGAGAUUCUGAAACAGCUUCAGAAACUUUUGCCAGAGAAGCACGAGAUUGAAAACCUGAAGUCCUUCCAAGGGGAAAAAGACAAGUUGGCCAACGUAGACAAGUUCUACCUCCAACUCCUGGCUGUCCCAUGUUAUCAGCUGAGAAUUGAGUGCAUGCUGUUGUGUGAAGAGGUGGCCUCUGUACUGGAAAUGCUGAAGCCCAAAGCAGUACUUGUUGAAGAGGCGUGUGAAAGUCUGAGGGUGAGCACGCAGCUGCCCAGUUUCUGCAAACACAUCCUCAAUGUUGGAAACUUUCUCAACUAUGGAAGUCACACAGGGAAUGCAGAGGGGUUCAAGAUAGGCACUCUGCUAAAGCUGACUGAAACGAAGGCCAACAAGUCCCGCAUCACCUUGCUCCAUCACAUCCUGGAGGAAGCUGAGAAGAAUCACCCUGACUUGUUGAACCUCCCAGAUGACAUUGAAAUUUGUGAAAAAGCUGCAGGAGUGAAGCUGGAGUCUAUCCAAUCUGAAGCUAGCUCUCUCUCUAAACGCCUGAAGGACACUGAGAAAAAGGUGUCCUCAUCUUUGGAGGACAUAAAGGAGCAAUAUUUAACUAUUAUUCAGGAGAAUAUUGAGGCUUGUAAGGACUUGGAAGAGCACUUUGCUGCAAUUGAAAAGAAACGGGAGGACCUGGCACUGUAUCUGUGUGAAGACACAGCCCGUCUUUCCCUGGAGGAGCUCUUUGGUACCAUUAAGGCCUUUCGCAGCCUCUUCAUCAAGGCCCUCAAGGAGAACCAGAAUCGCAAAGAACAAGCUGCUAAGGCAGAGAAGAGGAAGAAGCAGCUGGCUGAGGAAGAAUCUAAAAGACAGAAGGGGGAGAAUGGAAAGAUAAUACGGAAAGGUCCCCCACCUCAGGAAGAGGGCUGUAUUAUUGACCAUCUGUUGGCGGACAUCCGGAAGGGCUUCCAGCUGAGAAAGACGCGGCCAAGGUGCGAAACGGAAAGCCUUCCCUCUAGUGAAAUGCGUAGGGAUAACAGCCAGCCUGCCCCAGGGUCAAAUGUCAGUCCUGCUGGAGAAGAAGCAGGAGUCUCAGCUCCAGUGCUCGCCCAGACCCCCAGUCAAACCCAAGCGGCAAGCGGAAGCACGGCCAAGAAAGACAUUCCCAUGGAAUCCCAAGAAGGACCAGCUAUGCCGCCGCCCACUGAUUCGCAGGCCAAACCCCAGCCAGAUGCGCUUCAGCCAGACAUCCCUAUUGACCCCCCACCCAUGCAGGACAUGCUAGUUACUGACACAACCACACAGUCCAGUUCUACCACUCUCACAGAGGGCAAACCCCCUAAACUUAACCAGAACAGCAACAACAGCCAGGAGACAGAGGGCGCUGCCUCACUCGACCACCCAGUCGAUGAAUUGCAGGGGGAGGCUAACGAGCACCACUCCGUCGCCCUCAAUGGAACUCAUGUUGACGUGAAUGGAAACGGCAGCUGCGAGCGCAUCGAAUGCUUCCCGCUCGGUAUCGGAGACAGCGGCCCAGGGAACGGACACAUGGACGACGAUGGCAGUGACCCAUCCAGUAACAUUGCCGAGGACCUGUGGGCAUACGAUGUGCCUGACGGAAGUGAUCCAGAAGCCCCUCCCUCAACAGCAACUGACCCGAUGCCUCCCGCCCAAAAAGACCUCCAUGAACAAGAACUGAAAAAACAGCCGAAACACUCAAAAAGAAAUAAAAAGUGCAGUGGUGAAGCAGACCGUAACAAUGGAAACCGCCCCACUAAACGUAAAAUGGAGUGUGUGUUACAGUGAGGUAGGUCAAACAACUGGAUGUCCAAGUAACGUGCCCCAGAGGUUUCUUAAGGAAAAAGACAAAAGGCAGGAAGAAAUUCUGAGUUGGAAAUGCUCAAGUCGUCUCAGGACAACAAAGUGAACUGGACAAAAUAUUGUGCCAACCUUUGACCGUGGUGUAUAUAAGUGUAAAUAUAUAAAGUGAGUUUUAUGGAGCAAGCUACUGAAGAAGUGGGAGAGACAAAUAAAUUUCAACCUGGACAAAUAUUCAUUACAUUAGAAAUGUUACAAGAGUGCUUGCAUUUUGUACUUUUUAUUAGAGUAAUGAAAAAGAAGGUUACAGCAGGUGAAGUUGGGGACCUAUGUGCUGUGUGCAGAGCGGGCUGUACCUUUGGCAGCAGGUGUAUGCAUGUACACAUGUAUGUACACAGCCCUGCAGAAUUGCUGAAAUAUAGCUGUGUUUAAGAAUGCAACUCUGACCUUGCUCUGCACAAUUUCAUUAACCUUUCACCCACUUCCUUCACCCAAGAAAAAUGUAAUUUACACUGACGUGUGGAUUGUACCAUAGGAUUAGAUAUAAUCUUUUUAAUGCUUGUGUUUGUAAUCAUUCGCCAAUGUCUGAAAGCAAGCUCAAUGGCAAAGCAAUUUAUUUUGAGAGCACACUAUGGGACUAACAAUCUAAAGGACAGAGGGUCACCACUGAAAUAUAGAAUCCAUUCUAGAACAAUGCAAAUCACAGCUUUGAUCAAAUCCCUGUUAAGGGGAAACAGUUGAGAGUGGAAACAUUUUUGUCAUUGAUAAUGAAUUUUGCUUUCACGUGCAAUGCUACAUAUAACUUAUUCAAAAUGUAAUACCUUGAAUGGCUGUAGAUGUGACUGAUGGUUUAUGCAAGACAUCACAAGGUUACUGUGGAAUGCUGGGGGGGGGGGGGGGGGGGGGGGCAUGUAUGUCAAGAGUUGUUUGUUUCUGUUCAAAGUGUGUUAAUGCUAAGCAUGUUUGUAUUUUUCCUUCAAAAUGGUGCUGCUUCAUUUCCUUUUGAUAAACAUAAUAGAUGAAAUGCUAUAUUAAGGCCACAAAUUUUGAAAAAUACAGUGUUCACCAGAAGUCAGAUUGUAUUCAUCAGAAAUGUGGGUGACAGUUAAGACCAAUGCUGAUCUAAAAAUAUGAUUUUUAUUCAUCCUAGGCAAUAUAAUUUAAGCUCUGUGUUUUGUAUAUUUAUAUUGUGUAUGAGCUGGAUGCCUUAUAAAAAUGGCCCGAAGUGGGAAAAAGUAUUUCCAACUGAUCAUGAUACCAAUUAAUAGCUACAUGAAUUGCAGUAAAUUGUGAAAUACAAUCUUCAAAAUAAAGGAGUAUGGAAAUAUA